UGAAGGGGGGAAGCAGUGCACUCGAAACUAGGAGAACAGGGAUGGGGCAUAUAUUUGGAACAAACUUCCGAUCUUUAUGUGAAGAUGAAACGGAGUGGAACAGUUGUUGAAAGUUGCAAGCGGGAAUCAAAAAUUUGGCCAGAUCUCCUAAUUGAGAACCAGCGAUUUUACAAUGACUUCAACAGAAAACAUAAAAGCACCAUCAACGUUGGACUUUUCACCAACGAACACUUGAAGGAUCCAAAGGGCCUUGUUCAGUUUUCCAAGGACUCUCUUCGUGAUGCCAAAAGCUUGGUAGCCCAGAUGUUGGCAGAUGUGAAACAUGGAGAAGAGGGUCGUUUGACAUAUAUUCGAAAGCUUGACCAGCUUAGCGACAUCUUGUGCCGGGUCAUCGACGUUGCUGAAUUCAUCAGAAAUGCACACCCGCAACAAGCAUGGGUAGAGGCCGCUCAAAAAACCCAUGAAAUCUUGUUUGAAUACAUGAACCAGUUGAACACAAAUGUCGAUUUGUACACCAAUUUAGUCAUGGUGUUAAACGAUGAAGCUAUCGGGGCUCAGUUAACGGACGAAGAGAUUAAUGUGGGCGAGUACUUGAAGCAGGACUUUGAAAAAUCGGGCAUUCAUAUGGAUGAAAAGUCGAGGAGGAACUUUGUGGAGUUGACUCAGGAAAUUUCGGUCAUUGGAGCGAACUAUUCCAACGGAUUACACAAUUUGGAGUCGAUGUGGUGUGAUGUGGAUAGAGGUGACUUUGAAAACAUUUCCGACGCUAAUUUGAAGAAAGAAAUCCUUAGUUUUCAGCUGAGAUCUCCUACUUUUGAGAGAGGUAGAACUAACGUAGUUCUGAUUCCGUUGAUGGAACACAUUCCAUACUACGUGUUAACGAACUGCUCUUCAGAAGCAAUCCGAAGAAAGGUGUGGAUUGCUUAUCACAACGCUUCGAAGCAUCAGAUAGGCCUUUUAAAUGGAUUCAUCAGGUAUAGAGCUGUUUUGGCUCGGAUGCUUGGAUACGAAUCUUAUGCCCACCAUCAAUUGGAAUACAAGAUGGCAAAGAAUCCAGAAAAUGUUAAAGCAUUUUUGAAUAAGGUUCAGGCUACGUUAUUGGAUAGCAAGGAGAACCGGUUGAUGGACGAAAUCAGAUCCCUUUAUGCGUACAAACCAAAUGCUGAUAUGACAUUGAGUGACGAUGAAAUAAUUCACGAGGUAAAGCCUUGGGAUAGGGACUAUUUAUUAAACAAGCUUCAGACCGAUCCUCGGAACCUGGCAGUAGACUCGAACGAGAUCAAGGAGUAUCUUUCCAUAGGAACGGUGAUGUCAGGGUUGAAUCAGUUAUUUGAGAGCAUUUACCAGAUUCAAUUGAUACCAGAAGCCGUGGGUAAAGGCGAGACUUGGGAGAAGGGACAAGUAAGGAAGAUUCGGGUAUUUGAUACCCAAAACCAGAUCACUUUGGGUUACUUGUACAUAGAUUUUUGGUCCCCGAAAGUGUUUCCAUCUCACUUCACUAUUGUGUGUUCCAGACAGUUGAACACCGAUAUUGGUAUUGAGUCCAAGGAUGAAGUCAAAAAUCAAGUUCACUUGGAUGACAGUGAAACUUACCAACUUCCUGUGGUUUCAUUGGUCUUCAACUUCCAUAAACUGACAUCAAUCUUCCCUUUUGCAACAGGUCCAAGCUUACUCAAUCUAGAACAAGUUGAAACGAUUUUUCAUGAGAUGGGGCAUGCCAUGCAUUCUAUGAUUGGAAGAACAAAACUCCAAAAUCUUUCGGGAACAAGAGCCGCCACUGAUUUUGUGGAACUUCCCUCUGUGUUGAUGGAAUCGUUUGCUAAAGAUCCUAGAGUAAUUUGCAAAAUUGCCAAACAUUACAAGACUGGAGAACCACUAGAUCAAGAAAUGUUCGAAAAACACCAGAAACAGAAAGUUAUCUUGUACGAUAGCGAAAUAUUCAUGCAGUCGAAAAUGGCCUUGUUAGAUCAAGUGCUACACAACGCAGACACUGUGGCUCUCAUGGUGGACAAUUUCGAUACAUUUGAUACUACUCCCAUCUAUCAUAAGCUAGAAUCUGAUUUGGGAAUUUUUGCUGACAAGUGGUCAACCUGGCAUGGGAAAUUUUUGCAUUUGUUUUCAUAUGGUGCCGUUUAUUAUUCUUAUUUAUUGGACAGGGCAAUUGCUGACAAAGUUUACAAAGAACUAUUUUAUCUGGAUCCGUGGAGUUUGAAGGCUGGUAACAAAUAUAAGGAGAGUAUUUUGAAGUGGGGUGGUACCCGGGACCCAUGGUUAUGCCUUGCCGAUGCUUUAGAUAACGAAAGAUUAAAAGCUGGUGAUUUCAAAGCCAUGGAGAUCAUUGCUGCCGACUUUAAGUGAUGACUUUUUAGUUCACUUUCACAGUUAAGUUUAUUCCUAUCAAAUAAUUGCCUGAGAGAAUUCAUUCACCUACAUCAUAUGCACAGUUGUAGCACUAGCUGUCAACCAUCCAACUCAUAUCGAAUUCACUACAGUUAUUUAUAUAGACACGAAUUGACAUAUCGGUAUUUGCAUCAAAACACUGUCCA